AUGGCUGGCAUCUCAGUCAUCGCCGCUUUUCCUCUCCUUUUGGUCUUCAAAUGCCUGCCUAUCUGGAAACACGGUCGUCAGAUCAAGAUCAAGUUCUCACCAAAUGACCUUUCUGGCGUCGAUAUCAUUGUCGUCAUGGCCGUCUUCCUCUGGAGGUCUCUCAGAUACUCCAUCCUUUCGACUUGCAUGCGCAUCUCUGAGGAGCCCAGGUCCCCAAGCGGUGACGAACUGUCACUGGUCAUGCCAUUUCGAGUGACACGAGCAGACCUUGACGCAUAUUCAAGGGCGAUCCGGGACCAACCAGUCACAGCCAAUGUUGAGUUGGUGGGAGCCCAGUUGCUUCUCUUCCUAUCGGCUCUAAGUGAACCAGCCAUGCUGCUGCUCUUGGCCCACCCGGCGUGCAGAGUGCGGCCGCUAGGCGCCGUCAACGUGAGAAACCGAAUUGAACUGCUGAGACCUGAAAUAUGUACGGUGCAGGCUUUGACUUCUUUGAAUGGAGCUUUCUUGACGGCAAGGCUCUCAAAGGAUUUCCGCACCGUCAGACGCGGUUUCGAGGUCGACCUCGUGGUAAGCUUACAUAUUCCAAGCAAGGAUUCGCACGAGUCGACCAUCGCCUUUCGGCAACAUUUCACAAUCUUACAGUUUGCGAAAGUCCAUGCAGGGAUAGCAACUACUAGUACUGAACAACGACGAGAUGGACCUCACAAUGGGGUAGCCACCCCAGCCUGGUCGGAUUCAAAACCACUAACCGUCGAGUAUAAUGAUCCAGGAUCCUGGGCAAGGCUCUGCAAGGAUUACAACCCGAUACACACCUCAGCCCUCGCUGCAAAGCUUUUUGGUUUCCCAGGAAAACUGGCUCACGGCAAUCAUGUCGGUGCUUUGGCUGCGAAAUGCAUUACAAGUACCACUCUUGCGGAUCAAGAUGACCCGUUGUUCAUGGAAAUUACGUUCAAGCGGCCAGUGGUUGUCCCUGCACAAUUGGACCUCAGAGUCUCUUCUGAUGUGGAUGUGACACGAUUUCAAAUUCUUAGCAAGAACAAAGUCAGCAUCGAAGGCACAGUUGGCCAGCUCAAAUAG